AUGUUAUGGGAAAUAGAAAAAGAGGCCAGAAGAAGCCAUCUAAGAAAAAAAGUAAUUGAAGUAGGUUGCAAAGAAAAAUGUAAAGCUGGACCAAGUGGGAUAUCAAGGAAAACUCAUUCCGUGGAAAAAUCACGCCAAAUUAGUAAUAAUGCUUCCAUGAAGUUGUUUCAAUAUGAUUCUUCAUCAAGGCCAUCUACACCAGACCCAUUUAGUGAUGAUGAAGAGUAUGGUUCCGAUAACGACUAUGAUCCGGGAUAUGAUGAUAAUACAGACAGCACUAGCACUGUUAGUGAUCACACAAAGCAACGUGAAAAGAAACAACUAAAGAAACGUUCCAAGGACAACGCAACGAGGUCACAUGGUAAACGCAACUCUGAAAGCAGUGUAAGUAGCAGCUCUGAUUCUGACGAUCGAACCGAAGGCUUUAGCGAGUGCACGGAUGUAUGUGAUAGCGAUGACAACGAGGAUGAUACAAAUUCGAUAUCGGCAGAAUCUAGUGAUGAGAGUAUUUUUGACAGUAGAAAGAGAAAAAAGAAGGGGCAGAGUUCCUCUUUAGGAUCAAGAUACAAAAAACCUAAGAUCGCCAGUGCAGAUCAGAGUACCGACACUAUGUCGUUAGAUUCUGAGGCAUUGCUAAAUAAUAUAGAAAAUCUUGAAAGCUCUUCAGUGCAACUCGAUCCUGCAGUAUUAGAAAAUAUCUCAAUUUAUUCACAUAUCGAAGGAAGUCACUCCCAUACUAAUCCACAAAUUCAAGGUGCUGAAGACGACCAUGCUGCUGCAGCUGCUGAGGUUAAUCCCGCGCCUGCCAACCUACGUGCACUGGAACUAGACGCAGCUGCGCAGCGCCACUCUCCUGGUUCUCCUGCACCGGAUCCAGCAGCUGCUGAGGGAAAUCCCGCGCAUGACAACCUACCUGCCUUGGACCUGGAUGUAGCUGCGCAGCACCGCUCUCCUAGCUCUCCUGCACUGGAUCGGGAGGCUGUUGAGGGAAAUCCCGCGCCUGUCAACGUAUCUGCCCUGUACCUGGAUGCAGCCGCACAGCGCCGCUAUCCUGGCUCUCCUGCACCGGAUUCAGCAGCUGCUGAGAGAAAUCCCGCGCCUGACAACCUACCUGCGCUCUCUCCUGCACUGAAUCGGGAGGCUGUUGAGGGAAAUCCCGCGCCUGUCAAAUUAUCUGCCCUGUACCUGGACGCAACUGCGCAGCGCUGCUCUCCUAGCUCUCCUGCACCGGAUCCAGCAGCUGCUGAAAGAAAUCCCGCGCCUGCCAACUUAUCGGCCCUGGAUCUGGACGCAGGUGAGCAGCGCCGCACUCCUGGCUCUCCUUUAUCGGAUCCAACGGCUGCUGAGGAAAAUCCCACGCUUUCCAACCUACCUGCUCUGGACCUGGACGCAGUUACGCAGUGCCGCUCUCCUAGCUCGUUUGCAUCAGAUCGGGAGGCUGCUGAGGAAAAUCCCGCGCCAGCCAACCUUCCUGCCCUGGACUGGGACGCAACUACGCAGUGCCGCUCACCUAGCUCUUCUGCACCACCAGAACUAAACGCUACUGUAAGAUAUGCAACUCCGGCCAGCACACUUGCACUGGAGGUAGUUGCAGAGCGUGGCUUGUCCGGCUCUCCUGUGCCGGAACGAGAUGCUGCCGAAACGAAUUCUGCGCCUACCAGUCCAUCUGCUUUGGAUCGGAAAGCAUUUGUACAACGCAACCCUUCUAUCUGUCAUGUGCUGGACCCAGAGGCCGCCGAAAGAAACUCCGUGCCUGACACACUCCCCGAGAUAAGUCCAGCGACCAAUUGCAGACCAAGCACUCCUCCACUGAUAAAUUAUGAUUGGGAACACACGAACACACACAUACCUUCGUUCGAGUUUGAUGAAAGUUCAGCAGGUGUCCAGUUUGAAGUCAACCCAGCUAUGACAGUUAUGGAAAUAUUUGAUAAAAUUCUUAAUCCUAAGAUUGUAGACUAUAUUGUAACAUGUACUAAUACGUACGGGCGAGCACUAUGCGAGAAAACAAGACCUACUACUCGAAACUCACGUAGCUAUAACUUUAGGGACACAAACCGGGAAGAAAUCUUGAAAUUUUUUGGAUUAUGUUUGCUUAUGGGUCAAAUCAAAAUUCCUCAAAAACGCAAAAAUUUUACGUAUUCCGACCCACUGUAUUAUCACCCAAUUUUUCACUAUGUGAUGUCCGCUCGAAGAUUUGAGCAAAUCUUGAGAUGUAUUUAUGUAUCAGAUUUAGAUUCAAAAGGAAAAGAUAAAAUUGAAAAAUUUAUUAAUGCUAUUACCAAGAGCUUCAUGGAGUGCUAUAAGCCAUACAAACAGUUAAGUUUGGAUGAAUCUUUGCUUUUAUUUAGAGGCCGCCUUGCCUUCAGACAAUAUAUAAAGAGCAAAAAAAUCAGUACCAUUGACGACGACGUCGGAAGCUCAAGAGUCCAUGGUCACUGGCCUGAGAAAAUACCCGUGCAAGACGGUUCAAACAAAACAUCAAAGUACUUGAAAUGCAAGAUGUGCACGAAAAAAAAGGUGAGAAGGGAGACUUGCCUGAGAUGUAAAGGUUGCCCUGAAAAGCCAGCACUGUGUGCUCUUUGCUUCGAAGAGUGGCACAAAGAAGUAUAA